AUCGAUUUCCCGCGUAUUAUCUGUAAUAUCAUGCCCUACAGUCUACCGGGAGGCUUAUCGAGUUGAUCUGGAAUGUCGGCGUUGUGCUCUAAUCAUCACUUUCUUCUGAACUCAGGUCCAAUCCCGCGACUUGGCUGUCGGAGGCCAGCCAUCUCUUCGCGAUGGGUAUGAACAGCGUAGUGGAACUACCCAUUAGCUCCAGCUAUGACUAUCACUCGUUUCCUGAAAGGCUUCCUAGGCAGUUCUACACAACAAUUGAUAAUUUCUCUCUAGAGUCAGGAGAUAUUCUGCCCCGCGCGACUGUCGCAUUCACUAUCAGGGGCCGACUUAAUUCAGAACGCAACAAUGUGAUCGUUUUGUGUCACGCUCUUUCAGGGAGUGCUGACUGCAUGGAUUGGUGGUCUUUGCUACUUUCAAGUCCUGCCAACCCAGCAAUUGACCUAAGACGAUUUUGUAUCAUCUGCUGCAAUUCUUUGGGUAGCCCCUAUGGUUCAUCAAGUCCUCUGUCCUCCAAACCGGAUAGCACUUUGCCUUAUGGAAAUGAUUUCCCAAAGACUACCAUACGGGAUGAUGUUCGUAUUCAAAAAGAGGUCAUGGACAUUUUGGGAGUGCGAUCAAUAUAUUGUGUGAUUGGUGGAAGCAUGGGAGGCAUGCAAGCCCUUGAGUGGUCUUUCUUUGGGACGCAUUACGUACGAUCACUGGCCCUGAUCGCAACCACAGCGAGGCAGAGCCCCUGGGCAAUCGCGUGGGCCGAGAAUCAGCGCGCAACUAUCAACGCCGACUCUAAGUUUCGGGGAGGAUGCUACGGCGACGACCCUCCCGUAGCAGGUCUUGCAGCUGCACGAAUGUCAGCCAUGCUAUCGUAUCGAACCCAUUCGUCGUUCGAGAAGCGGUUUGGAAGACGCCGCUUCGACGCAAAACCGCCGCCACCGGUUGAGGAAGGCAUCAAACCCUCGCUCCAGGAAGUCGUGCAAGACUCUAUGCUUGGCGACCACCAUCGCGACAAGUACGGCACGUUCUCGGCACAGAGCUAUCUGCGGUAUCAGGGCAAGAAGUUCAAUGCGCGGUUCGAUGCUAACUGCUACAUCCAUCUUCUAGACAAGAUCGAUUCCCAUGACAUUACCCGGGGUCGAUGCACGAGCCUAUCCGAUGGCGAUGCCAUGAAGGCAGUUCUUGGCCAGAUACAACAGCGGGCUCUAGUCGUUGGCAUUCCUACGGACGGUCUUUAUCCAUUAUGUGAACAGAUGGCGAUGUACGAAAGCAUGCCAAACGCUACCUUUGCUACAUUAGAAAGUGACGAUGGACACGACGGAUUCCUUCUCGAAGGCGAGCAGCUGAACAAUCUCCUGCAUGCGUUCUUUGGCACAUAUCCUUUCCUGGACAAACCAAAGAUAUGGGAACAGGUCAUUGAACAUGAAAUCUCCAGCAUAUUGAACCAGGGAUGA